AUGAGUAACCAAGAGGCUGAUGUUCUACGUUGCUGGAGAUGUAGAAAAUACAUAGCAAAUUCUGCUUGCCUUGCAAAAUGUCAUGGAAAAGAGCCAUCCGAAGCAUCGCGACCUUCAGCUGCUGCUCAGGAGUCUUGCAACGUUUGGCAUGUGAAUGUAGAAGCCAUUCCAGAGUGGGUGAAAUGUGUCAUUGAAAAGGCACAGUGGACAAUUGGAAAACUGCACUGUCCGUUUUGUGAGGCCUGCUUAGGGGGCUUUAACUUUGUUUGCAACACAAAAUGUUCCUGCGGACAGCUAGCAAAUAUACAUUUCUGCAAAAGUCGAACUGACUAUCAGCCAGCUUUCGCUGUUAAAUUGGCAAAAUCAUCAGGAAAACACUCACCUCUCCUUAAAAUUCAGUCUGAUUUCAGCAAGGAUACCUGCCAUGAAGUGGUAACUUUGGAAAUCAAAAAUCGAGGGCUUCCAUACAAGGCCAGAAAUAAUAACAGUACUGGAAGAUUAACAGAAGCACUUUGUCUAGAAGUAAGAGCUCCCAGAUUUGAGAUGAAAAGUAAAAAACUUCUCUUAAAGGCAUUAAAUCAGAAAAGAAAUCUUUCUGCUUCCUGUCCUAUGAAUGAUGCGUGCAUUGUAGAACCUUUUCACAGAAGAUCACGUAGUUUGGAUUUAAAUAGCAGAGAGAGACUUGUUUUGUCACAUGUGUUGUAUGAAACUUUUAGUAUGGGAACAAUUUACCAUGGACAAAAUGAAAAUCCACCUGUUUACACACAAAGUGUCUUGCAGUUAGAAUCCAAUAGGGAAGAUGGUAGUUCUUUUCAGGACCUAUGUAGUUCCAGUGCUGACAGACUACAAAAAAGGUUUCCAGUUACUUCCUUUACCACAUUACUACAUAAAGAAACAGAAAGUGAGUGUGAUUUUGAAGCUACUGGACAAUCUUCUGGGAGUGCCAUUGCUGAUGGGUCACCUUUUGUGAUGGACUUUUCUUCACCCACAAGUGCUGUAGAACAGGAACAAUACACCACACCUGCUGGUCUUGUGCAGCCUGCGGGUAUUUCCUCCAACCAAAAGCUGAGUAAGAGAGAAAGAAACAAGUUGAAAAGCUUGAGGAGAAAACAAAAAAGGCGAGAACGGUGGCUGCAGAAGCAAACUGCAAAUGAUAACCAGCAUACAGACGAUGAGCAUGAACUCAGAGGAGAUAAAGAAAGCUAUCUCUGUGCAGUGUGCCUGGAUGUUUAUUUCAAUCCUUACAUGUGCUAUCCAUGCAACCACAUCUUUUGUGAACCUUGCUUAAGGAUGCUUGCCAAAGACAAUCCAGCCAACACUCCAUGUCCACUGUGUCGCACCACAAUUGCCAGAGUCUUUUUCCAAACAGAACUGAACAACUCAAUCAAAUCUUUUUUCCCCACGGAAUAUUUGAAGUUAAAAGAAAAUUUUCAAAAAUCAAAUUCUGCAAAAUGGCCUCUACCAAGCUGCAAGAAAGCCUUCAGAGUUUUUGAAGCAGGUUUUCAAAGACGCUCAAAUACUGUAACAAGGAGGCAUUUCCCACAUGCUGCUCACAGGAUGGACUACAUGGACUUUGAGGAUGAUAGCCGUGGAUGGCGGUUUGAUAUGGACAUGGUGAUAAUCUACAUUUAUUCAGUCAACUGGGUAAUAGGAUUUAUUGUGUUCUGUUUUCUUUGUUAUUUCUUUUUCCCUUUUUAG